AGCCAAAGCGCGGUCACACUGCACAUCAGCAGCGUGUUGCGGGCGAAUCGGAAGGAAAACAAGCUGAAAUUGACCGAUAUUAGCGCAACUAUAGGGUCAAACUGCAAUUGCUUGCUGCGGGCGCGUUCGAGAGUGAUGCGGAGAUGUGCGCCGACCUUGCCGGGAGCCACUGUCGCCGCUGUUCCACCCACCGACCCCCGAGAGGCGUCAACACGUCACCGUUCGAGCCAAUUAGAGACUUGCAUUCCCCGCUCCGUUCCCGUUCCCCGAGCCCUUGAUCGGCCGUAGACAAGGAUUACGUAUUUAUGCGCGUACGAUGGGCAUGCAGGACGACCUGGAUGGCAUCGUCAGGCAGCGUCGCCGCAACCUGAGCCUGCUGCAGCUGAUGGCGCUCACCAUGGCGGGCUUGGUGGCCAUAAAUCCCGUCCCGGUGCGAGCAGGGCACCUGAACGCAGACUCGGAGCUCCAGACGACGGGGGCACCCCAUGCCCCUGCCCUCACGCACUGCGUGGGUCAGGAGCGCCGGAUCGGCCGUAGACUGCUUUACAUUACCACACUGGACGGUCGGCUCAGCGCUUUGGAUAUCGCCAAGUCCGGAAAACUGCGCUGGAGCGUGCCCACUGGACCCGGACCGCUGAUCUCGUCCAGCAUCCACCGCCUGGAACUGACCAACAAUGGACAGUUCGUGCGCAUGAUUCCCUCGCUUAGCGGCGGCAUCUACAAGUUCGACGGUGACUCUAUCGAUCCCAUUCCGAUCACAGCGGAGCACCUACUUAGCUCGAGUGCCAAAUUUAGUGAUGAUUUAGUGAUUUCCGGAGGCAAGGAGACUCGCUCCUACGGCGUAUCGGUUCGCACAGGCAAGCUCCUUUACGAAUGUUCUCUAAGUGGAUGUGUAAAUUCCACGGAGGAUGGCCUGGCCAUCGACGACACCAUUAGGGAGCCCGAAGAGGAGGAUUUGUCAGAGGAUGGUGACCAGCUCAGGGACGAGGCGGGGUACAUUGUGGGCCAUGAUCCGCUUCUUGACGAUGUUAUCGUGGUGCGCCGCCAAACACAGACAGUAAGAGCCGUCGAAUCCCGCACAGGAAUGGAGCGUUGGAACUUUAGCGUGGGCCAGCACGAGUUGGAUUUGGUGCGACCUUCCGAGUGCCAGCAGCAGCAGCGCGAUGAGCUGGAGCUGGCUGUCCUAGAUGUGGAUAUAAAGGUGGUGGUGCCUGAGGGCAUAAUCUGCGCGUUCAGCAAAAGUGACCCACAGACCAUGUUAUGGAAGUACAAAUUCGAUCACCCAAUUGUUAGUGCCUGGAAUACUAAUGCCGAAGACGAACUGAAGCCUAUUGAUCUGUUUAGCUCAGCUCAGUGGCUUUGGGACCAGGACCAGGAAGACAAUGAGCUGCCAAAUGCUCCACAGAGCCCCCCGUCUAUAUACUUGGGCAUGUACGAUAAACAGUUAUAUAUUCAGGAGUCCAUCCGUCUACUCCAGGAGAUAAUGGACCAGACCAAAGUCUAUCAGCAGCUCACAGGCGACACCAGUCUUAUGCCCAAGAUCCCAUGGAAGCCGAUAGCCGCCAGCAGCAACUCUCUGGUUAUCUUCCGAAAAGAUAAAGAGGAACCUGAAUUGAUAGCUGAGGGAACGGGAUCCCAAGGAGGAGAACUGGUGCCGUAUGAUGACCAGAAUUUCGCUUUAGCAGCGCAGUCUGUACUUAAUGCCUCGGAGUUUGUAAAUGGCAACGGUUUUUAUUUCUACACCACCGGUGAGCUGGAAGGUCCGUCAGAGUGCGCUACACAAAAUACUCCCAGCGGCCUGCCCACAAUCCAAGCUCCACCGCCUCCUAGCAACACAUCUGAGGGAACAGAGCAUUCCGCCAACAACAGCAUUAACGACGACCUAGGCUUUAGUCUGGACGACAUUGAUGCUCCUGUGAAGGUGGUGAUUCUGUCGCUUUGGUUCUGGUGGAAGGAGAUCGUUGUCAUUGCUUUCACCUCGGCAGUAAUCCUCAACAUUUUCAUGGGACAGCGAAACCAACGAGUAGAGCGCGAGUAUCUGGUUAUUGAACGCCAUGUGCCAGUACAGACUGCGAUCGAGGCCACCGAAGCAUCCACGCAGGCUUUGUUAGGUCCCGUGGUUCCGAUGCAGCGGCCUGGAAACCGUUUUAGCUUCCCAUCCGGCCGUGGAAACCAGCGCACUAUUUCGGAGUCCACAACGAAUUCAGGCGAGCAUUAUACAUCGCGCUUCCAGUCUGACUUUGAACUGAUGCAGUGCCUUGGUCGCGGCGGUUUUGGAGUGGUUUUCGAAGCGAAGAAUAAGCUGGACGAGAACCGGUAUGCCGUAAAGCGCAUAACGCUGCCCAAUAAGGAAUCUUCAAGGCAGCGGGUUCUGCGCGAGGCCCGAACGUUGGCCAGUUGCGAGCACCACAACAUUGUGCGCUACUUCCAUUCAUGGACUGAAACUCCGCCAACUGGUUGGCAAGAAGAAGAGGAUCGCAAGCUGCUUGCCCACGAGCUGUCUACCUCCAUCCAAAUAGAGACACCAGACGAUAGUACAAUGCCCUCUUUGGCAGAACAGUUGCAGGAGAAACGUCAUCAGCAGCUCUUGUCCUGGGUCUCGGAUGCAGCUAAUAGCACUGCUUGCAGCCAUGACUUCCAUGGACACGGCGAGUCACUUAGGAACAUUAGGGAGGAGUGUGACGACGACGAGGAGGAGGAUUCGCUUAUUGAGUUCCGCAGCGAGUCCCAGUCGGCCGCAUUAAGGGCAGGAGAGGACGAUGAUGACGACGAUGAUGAAGUCGAGGACGAGAAGGAGCAGAACGGCGGUGGGCGGCACCACCGCAGCUCCGUGUCCAUCGACAUCCACUCGGCCUCGUUUGACCUAAAGAACAUUAACUACUCACAGCACCAGCUGGUAUCCAACUCUUUUCAAAUCGAAUCUGUGCGCUCCAAGAGCAAUGAGAGUGAUGAGGCGGAGGACGAUAAUAAAGCUCGCAGGAAGCCCCUUACCCUGGCGUUGGUCCAGAACCACAAUAACAACCAUAACGGGAGCCAUGCGACGCCUCCGAGUGCCACUAUUCAGAACGGAGCCGUGGCUAGACCCAGUAAAGUGUACCUCUACAUUCAGAUGCAGCUGUGCCGCAAGGAAAGUCUGCGCGACUGGUUAAGAGAUAAUCGAUCGGAGGCCAGGUCAGCCCACAUUGCUGACAUUUUUCAUCAGAUCGUUGAUGCCGUUGACUAUGUGCAUCUGAAGGGGCUUAUUCAUCGGGACCUCAAACCGAGCAACAUAUUCUUUUCGCAAGAUGGGCAGAUUAAGAUUGGAGACUUCGGACUGGUGACCGACAUGGCGGAUAUUCCCAACCUGGUCGCCAAAUGCGGGGAUCAGAGUGGCCUGCCAUCCUGUGCACGACACACACAGCAAGUGGGCACCCACCUGUACAUGUCGCCGGAACAACUGCUCGGCCAACACUAUGACUACAAGGUGGACAUUUACUCGCUGGGACUGAUCUUCUUCGAGCUGCACGUGUACUUCUGCACCGAAAUGGAGCGAAUUAAGACGCUGCGCAGUCUUCGGGAUGGCCAGUACCCCAAGGAUUUCGCUGUCAAUUACCCGCAGCAAUACGAACUUCUUCAGCAGAUGCUAUCCGCCCAUCCAGAGCAACGCCCGCAGACCAAACAGCUAAAGAGCCAGCUGCAUAAGAUCCUGCCCCAUCAGCUGUCGGACGGACGCAUCGAACAGGCGGCUCUGGCGGAGCGGGCCAGACGCCUGAGUCGCAGCCGUACCUUCAGCAGCUCCAGCGAGCCGCAUCAGUGAUAGACCAGAAAACACGGGCCGUGGGCUUGGUGCGCCAAGUUUGGUCAUCAUUUAGCAUUUCGCUUGUAAGUCAUCCCUACCGUUACCGGUUAACCCUCGCCUGGCUAUGCCUCAUUCGCUGACCUCGACCCCGACAAGUCGAAGAUUCAUUCAAGGGCCACUCUAGAUUAAAUAAGUUUUGUAUUACGUUUACCUUUUAAACUCUUGCGUGUCGCAAAUUACCAACAACAAAAUGUCCUUUUGUUUUUAAGACUCUACUUUAGGAAUUAUACAUAUACAUAAAAAUGUACUCCCAAAACAGUCGUUAGCCUAAGAUGAUGACCUACGAUGCAAAAUUGUUUGUCUAAGUUGUUUCUGCCUAGGUAGCCGCCGAGGCAUUGCGAAAGUUUGUUUUUAGUCGUAGGCGAUAAGAGCUAAAAUAAAAAUGUCAAAAAUAUAAA